GCGCCAGCGCCAGGGAAGUGCUCAGACCCACAAGAGGCUGCACCAAGUGAGGAGGCCAGUGCAGAAAAUCCACCGGAGGAGCCGGACGCCUCUGAACAGGAGCGAGACGGGAGCUGCCUUGGUGCGAAACCCACAGCCCAGCUGCGAAGCGAGGAGGAGCUGAGCCCCCCACACCUCAGGGCCGAUGCUGAUAAAUGCACUGAAAAGGGGUGCGGUGCCCCAGCAAAGAGCGAGGACUGGCAGGACGACAGCGACGUCUCCUCCGUGUGGGGCCAAAUUCCACUUGAGGACAUCAAGGAGCUCCCUUGGACUCCUUCUGCUCUCCAGUCCUACCGAAAUCACUUGAAGAUGGAGAUGCUGUGGUUGCAACAAGCUAUUGCCAGCCGUGAAAACUACCUGAUGCUGAAACAGAAGCUGGAGACUCCUGACCCCUAG